UUGGAAAAUUGGAUGUGCUAUUUUCCUAGCGUGUGUUGUGUCGAGAAUCGAGCGUGAAAAGAAACUUUUAUGCAUACUUAAAGUUUUGGAAGAAUCGUGUGCUGCGCGAACGAAUGUGUAAAAAGUGAUUCUGGUUCUGCCUGUGUGUGAAUCUUGUGAGAGAGCGAUCUGCUUGCUUUAUUAUAAUAAAAAAAAAAUUAAAUCAUUUCGUGUGUGAAGACACUACAUCUGUAGUGAUAAUCUAACCCCCCACUCAAUAGUAAUAUCGAAGACAAGGCGUUAUGGACUUUGUCCAAGUAUCCGAGGAGGAGGGUGAUGAGCCAAUCGAGUUGCCAGCUGAAGAAGAUGGAACCCUUCUCUUAUCGACACUUCAAGCACAAUUUCCAGGCUCUUGCGGUCUUAAAUACAGGAAUAUGGAUACAAAGGCUGUGCGAGGCGUUCGAUCAAACGAGGGCAGACUAUUUCCGCCAAGCGUUGAUUCGUCCUGGGGAGAAUAUAUAUACUUUUGUGUAUUUCCAAAAGGUAUUGCGCAUUUCAGAAGCUCUGCCGCACAAAUCGACAGUCCUUAUCGCCCCAUAUUGCCUCCCGUAGAAAACAAACGCAAAAGCGAUGAUAACUUGGAAAACUCGACGGCGAAAACUAAACGCAUCGAAACACGUCUCCGUUGUACUGACUUGAUUGUCUUGGGGUUGCCUUGGAAAACCACUGAGGAUAGUCUAAGGGAAUAUUUUGAGAGUUACGGUGAAGUGCUAAUGGCGCAGAUUAAGAAAGAUGUUAAAUCGGGGCAAUCAAAGGGAUUUGGAUUUGUUCGAUUUGGUUCUUACGAAGCUCAAAUGCGUGUGCUUUCUAAUCGCCACCUCAUUGAUGGCCGUUGGUGUGAAGUUAAAGUUCCAAAUUCAAAGGGUAUGGGCCACCAAGUUCCAUGUAAAGUUUUCGUUGGUCGAUGUACUGAAGAUAUAAAUUCUGAUGAUCUCCGAGAGUAUUUUUCAAAAUUUGGAGAGGUGACCGAUGUCUUUAUUCCCCGACCUUUUAGAGCAUUCAGCUUUGUCACAUUUCUCGACCCCGAUGUAGCUCAAUCGCUAUGCGGAGAAGACCACAUAAUAAAAGGCGUGUCAGUGCACGUUUCCAAUGCUGCCCCAAAAGCUGAACAGAACCGAAGCCACCAAGGACAAAAUUUCAACUAUAAUUCUGGGAAUAACUUUGGCAUGCACUCAUACCAUCAUCAGGGAAAUCACAUGAAUUCAGGCCGAAGUGGACACCACAGAGGUAAUAAUCAACACAAUGCGCAUGGAAGUGGUGAUAACCCUACAAUCGGCAAUAGUCACAGCAACAUUGGCAGUGGUGGCUACGGAAUGGGUGGAAAUAACUUUGGUGGAAAUUCAGGUGGGGGCUAUAAUAAUAGCGGUAGUCACAAUAGUGGCGGGAACAUGAAUCGCCAGGAUGGUGGUAUGCCCUAUAAUAGGCAGAACAAUUACCAUGGCAUGAACCAGCCGCAUAAUGGUAAUGUAGGGAGUGGCGGCUGGAUGAACCAACAGAACAGGGGCCAUUUGGAUAUGCCAAAUCUUCAGGCAUUAGGCAUUAAUCCACAAGGAUCAAGCUCAUCAAACCAAGGGCAAAAUAUGAACAACCCUUUAGGCGUCGGACUUAAUUUAAACUCAUUGCCGAUGAACCCUGCUUUGGUUGCUGCUGCGUUGAAUCAGUGGAGCCUUCUAGGCAAUCAGCUGCAAAAUCAAAACCAGGAUCAGCAGGGAGGCAAUUUUUUAUCAUGGGUGGCUCAAAACAGCGGUCAUUCCAACGCUAGCAACAUGAACAAUUGCGGCGGGAGAAAAGGAUCUAAUAACCCUAAUUCGGGCUCAGCUGGAAUGAUAAAAGGCGACAACUCUGGUUGUAACGACCAACAGAAUGGAAACUCCGGCUGGUCGAAUCAAAGCAGCGGCUCUAAUUCUGUUGACAAAUCUAAUUUCCUUUAAAUAGUUUAUUUUAAUGUGUGUACCAACUCUCGGUAUUUAAAAACACCUAGGUUACUUUGUAUUUAAACCAAACAUUUAAGUUACAUGUACCUACAUACAUACAUAUAUACAAUUAAAACAAUUGUCUUUGUAAUAUGUUCGAGCAUGGUAUAAUCUUUGAUAAGCUGAUUAAAUAAAUAAAAUGUUCACUCUAAAAUUAUAA